GGAUGGCUGUUCCAACAUUCUUUUGUCACAAGGAGUUUAAUUCAAAGAUGUUUUACUAAGUAGUGUGUUGUUCUAAAGCAAUGUUUGUUUUGCCUCGUAGGGCUAGUGUAUUGUGUCAAAUGUAUGCAAUUAAAUUUGUGAAUGUUUGCUAAUUUCGUAUUAGUAUGAUGACUGUCACUAGUAGAUGCGGAAUUCGAAGGCUCACGAAAUGUCGAUGAUAAUUUCUUGGGAUGUCUUUUAGUGAUACGUGAGUUUGAGAAGAAUGCGUUAUUUUGAAAGCGUUUUUGCCGUGGCUUAUGACAAGAACUAAUUUGAGCGCGAACCUAAACCUGAUAAUCAGGAUCACUGACAAUGUUUAAUAAAAGCGAAUCUUCUAAAUGUAGUUUUUUGGAACAAACGAAAGCGGCUCGUGAAGAACGAGCACAAGAAAAGAAAAGGGAAGCUGCUGCUAUUCUAUUGCAGUCGCACGUGAGAGGAUGGCUUACUAGAAUACGAUUUACGAAAAAAAUUCUGGAUGACUUUGACGUGCUGUUACCUCCAGAGGGAUGCGCAGAACUGCGGCCAUCAGUACAAGUGUAUCAGAAUGCAUCCAGGUUUUUGUUUGUAUGGAAAAAAGAACGAGAUAAAGAACGCUUUGAAAAGUUAUGUAGGUAUUUAGUUUCUAGUCUUGAAAGUGACUCGUUGAAGCUGAGCUAUGUCGGUGUAGCCUUAAAUAAAGAAUAUGCAUUGGCCUGGAUCUCUCAUAUGAAGACCAUCUUAUGGAAAUGCUGCAUUUACUUAGAUGAUCUGCAUCCAGAAUACCCAGCAGAUAUGUGCACAAUGUUGUUGUAUCUGCAUACAUUAGUGGCCUUUACAUCAACUAAUACAUGGUUCAUACUAAAAGCAAAGCAUAUGGAAGUGCUGAAAUCUGGAAUGAAUCAACUUUGUGCCAAUAUUAUGGGACAUUUGUUCAACAAGGGCUUUUAUUUAACAUUAAAGACACUGUUGAUACGAGGUCUUGGACGUUCAAAAGUGACACUGAAACAUGUGUCACUAUCAGCAAUUAUAACAUUAGCACUGCGGCCACUAGUAUCUGCAAAUUUUUCAGAGAAACUGAUGACAAUGUUUUUAAUACAUAUUUUGUGUGUGCCAGGUCUAAUUCUACAUUUGCAGAACCUAGCUCCUGAGUGUGUUUCUGCCAUCAUCAGCCAUGAAAUAUUUGGCAGAAGUUUGGACCUUCUGAAUUUGGAACAGAAUACUAGGAUAGUAUUUAAUGUUCUGGAAGGCAACUAUGCCCUUUGUCUUCUAGCAAAUCUGAUACACCUUGCCUACAUUCAGCGUGAAGAUGCCUUACGAGAACUUUAUUUCCCAAGUUUUACUUUUGUGGUGACUCGACUUUUAGAGAGUUGCCAACAUUAUGUCACGAGCAAGCAGUCAAAUUUAACUCACUGGCAUCCAGUACUAGGCUGGUUCGCACAGGAGACAGACAGUGCAUUAAUGGAGUCGAUACCUCACGUGAGGUCACAGUUGCAACUGUUGUGGUCGAGUCCGAUGGUGUCUGCACUGCUGGGGCACGUUCUAGAAGAAGCAGAGCCACCGGAAAGCUCUGACGGUGUAACACAGGCAGUCGGUGGGACUGGGCUACUGAGGCGGGCACUGCUCGAGCACCGUGGGGCCUGCCACUCUGCCGGCCGAAACCGCCUCGGCAGUGCAGAAUGCUCCAAAGUUGCACUGGUCUGCUCCCUCUACCAGACUGCUCUUGCGACUCUUACCCAGCUGAGACUGGAAGUUCUUACAGGUUUGUGCUAUCAGGAUAAGAUUUUAUUCAGCCUUUGGCAGUUCAUUUGCAGUUUAGGUCCUAACUGUGGCUUGAAGUCUUUCCUGGACCUCCUCACAGUUAAUACAAAGUGUAAUGCUCCAGAGUUUCAGAUGUUGAUUCUCUUCUGCGAUUGCAUGACACAUUAUGUGACAAUUCUUGAUGACCUGGAAAUGUAUGAGCAACAGAAACCUUUCCGGCUGACAGAUUUUGUUGUUAUGUGCAGCUUUCUUAACAACUUUUUGUACAAAGCUAUUCUUGGAAAUCUAUUUGAUGUCAAAAAUCUAAAUGGCAACCAGCUUUUCCAAAUGGCUCAUACCUUGUUAACGGUGCUGUACCGGAGAGACUGCAGACGGAACUAUACUCCUGACAACCACUGGCUGAUUAAAGAACUGCGGGUCGGUUCAUUUGUGAACGAUUUGGAAAAAGGAAAGAAAACUACUCAGGUCCUUCUCCAGAAGAUGCCACACAUUAUCCCACAUGAUGAGAGAGUACAAUUGUUCCGCAAAUAUGUGGCAAAUGAAAAGGCUGUGUUAGGUCUUACAGAAUCUGCUUGUGCAUCACCACAGGCUACAUUAAUUACAAUUCAUCGAUCUCGAAUUGUUGAGGAUGGAUACAGGCAGCUUGCUAUGCUUCCAUCGCAAGCACUGAAAGGAGUUAUAAGAGUACGUUUUAUCAAUGCACAGGGUUUAGAUGAGGCUGGAAUUGACCAAGAUGGAGUGUUCAAAGAAUUUCUUGAGGAAACCAUUAAACGCGUUUUUGAUCCCUCUCUCAACCUUUUUCGUGUUACGAGUGAGGAGCGCCUCUAUCCAUCUCCUACGUCUUACAUGCAGGAUAAUCACCUGCAACUGUUUGAGUUUGUGGGGAGAAUGCUUGGCAAGGCAGUAUAUGAGGGAAUUGUUGUAGAUGUCCCAUUUGCAUCUUUCUUCCUGAGUCAGUUACUGGGGCAGCAGAAUCAAGUUCUUUAUAGCUCAAUGGAUGAGUUGCCGUCACUUGAUCGUGAGUUGUACAGAAGCUUGACAUUUAUCAAACAUCACCAGGGUGAUGUCCAGGAGCUAGAUUUAACAUUCUCAGUAGAUGAAGACUGCCUUGGGAGGCUGGUGACCCACGAAUUAAUUCCUGGAGGAAAAGCCGUGCCUGUGACUAAUGAGAACAAAAUAAAUUACAUACACUUGAUGGCACACUUUCGUAUGCACACACAAAUUAAGGACCAGACAGCUGCAUUUAUUCGUGGAUUUCGGUCAAUUAUCAAUCCAGAGUGGCUCUCACUGUUUUCGACUCCUGAGCUACAAAGGUUGAUCUCAGGUGACAAUGUACCGUUAGAUCUUAAAGAUCUUCGGAAACAUACACAGUAUUAUGGGGGCUUCCAUGAUUCCCAUAGAGUUGUCUGCUGGUUGUGGGAUAUUUUGGAAAAAGACUUUACAAAUGAAGAAAGGAAGCUGUUUUUGAAGUUUGUAACAAGUUGCUCAAAGCCGCCUCUACUUGGGUUUGCUCAUUUGGAACCUCCGUUCUCAAUACGUUGUGUCGAGGUUGGUGACGAUGAGGACACUGGCGAUACUAUUGGUAGUGUUAUUCGGGGCUUUUUCACCAUAAGGAAGAAGGAUCCACAAAAUCGCCUCCCGACUUCAUCUACGUGCUUCAAUCUCUUGAAGUUACCAAACUAUCAGAAGAAAAGUACACUGCGAGAGAAACUGAGAUAUGCAGUUUCUAGUAAUACAGGAUUUGAACUGUCUUAAAUUAGACUGAAUCAGACUACAGGCAUGAGAUACUACAGAGACUUCCUCCAGAGGCUACUAUUUUAAUUUAAAAUGUAAAUAUUUGUGGAAACAUCAAAUAGAUGAAAACAUAAGUAAUUUAACACUGUAAAUAUGUUUGUAGAUAUCCUGUUUAUAUUUAGCUUAAAUGUGAAUUACCAUUUCAUAAGAUAAUUUUAGUUUUGCAGUCAGUGUUAUGUGGCCAGCAUUUUUAUUGUUGUAUUUGUUACUGUUCUUUCUUCCAAAGAUUUGCUCAUUUGUAAAUUGCUGGAUUACUACAUAUUGUUUCAGUAUGCUAACUCACUCAAGGUAGAACUAAUUGAAUAACGUUGUUGUUAUUGUUGUUACUGUUGUUGGAUCUUCAGUCCAAAGACUACUUUGAUGCAGCUCUCCAUUCUACUCUGUCCUGUGCAAGCCUUUAUCUCUCUGAAUAACUACUGCAGUGCACGUCUUGUUGAACCUCCUCACUGUAUUCAUUUGUUGGUCUCUCUCUCUAAAAUUCUUACUCCUCAUACUUCCCUCCAAUCCUAAAUCCAAAAUCCCUCAAUAUCUCAGAAUUUGUCUUAUCAACCAUCCCUUUUUUUAGUUAAGUUGUGCCAGAAAUUUCUUUUCUUCCCAGUUCAGUACCUCCUUAUUAGUUACAUGUACUACCAGUCAGAUUGUCAGCAUUCUUCUGUAGCAUCCCAUUUCUAAAGCUUGUAUUGUCUUCUUGUAUGAGCUGUUUAUCAUCCACAUUUGACUUUCACACAAGACUACACUCCAGACAAAUACCUUCAUAAAAUAUUUUGCAACACUUAAAUUUAUAUUCACUGUUAACAAAUUUCUCUUCUUCAGAAACACUUUGCCAGUCUACAUGUUGUAUGCUCUACACUUUGACCACAUCAGUUAUUUAAGUCCCCAAAUAGGAAAACUCAUCUACUACUUUUAGUGUCCUAUUUCCUAAUCUGAUUCCCCAGCAUCACCUGAUUUAAUUUGACUGCAUUCCAUUACCCUUUGUUUGCUUUUGUUAAUGUUCAUCUUAUAUCAUCUUUCAAAACACUGCCCAUCCCACUCAACUGCACUUACUAGGCCUUUGUUUUCCCUGACAGAAUUACAGUGUCAACAGCAAACCUCAAAGUUGUUAUUUCUUCUCCCUGAAAUUUAAUGCCUUCUGCGAAUGUUUCUUUGGUUUCCCCCUUACUGCUUGCUCAAUGUACAGAUUGAAUGUCAGGGAUAGGCUACAAACCUGUUUCACUCCCUUUUCAGUCACUGCUUCCCUUUUAUGGCUCUUGACUCUCAUAACUGCUGUCUGGUUUGUGUACAAGUUGUAAAUAACAUUUUGUUCCAUGUAUUUUAUCCCUGCUACCUUAAGAUUUCAAGUAUAAAUCACUAACACAAAAAACCAAGAUUACAUGCACUGCUUGUGUGCAUAUGUAUGUGCUGUAUUAGAUCAAGCAAACUAUGCUUCUCAAAAUGACAGUGAUGCAGCUGGUAACCUCUUCAGUAGCAGAAUAGCUGAAAUGCUCUUUUUCCUUAUUCUCUUAUACUUAAUACUGGAAAGAAGAAUAAUACAGAAUGUAAAAGGUUAUGCUGAGUGUUCCAUAUUUCACUUGGCUUAAGUACUACAAAAUUUCAUCACAUUCCUCACAGGUCACACACAUUUCACUUUGUUGUGCAGUAGAUCAGUGCAUCUGUGAUUUCCCCAGGAUGUUGUGAUUGUUUGCUGGAAACAUUUUAAUUUCAUUAAAUAGAGGAUUCUCAAGAGUAACAACAUAAUUAUGAGAUGUUAGGAGUGAAUACAUGCAGCAUGCACAUUCCGAAAGCAUGCACAUUCUGAAAACACAGUUCUUUCUGUGGCAGUAAGUCAUAAUUUCCUCUCAACACUUCCAUGUAUUUUUCAUUAAGUUUUCCUUUUGAAUUGAUCAUUCUUCAGUUCAGUGUAUCAGUAAACAUGAAAUUUAAACUGUACAGAUAACAGUUAAUUAAUGAAAAUGUCUAUAUUCAGAAAAUACUACUUGAUUUCAUUAAAAAGCACCAUCAUUGCAGUGACCAAUCUUUAAAAAUGGAAAACAAACAGUCUCAACCACAGAAACAUUUAUUCUGAUGGUAACCAGUUUCGAUCACUCUCUGACCAUCUUCAGACCCUCAUACUGUAAUGGUAGGUGGUAGUGGUGAUUGAAGCAGAUGUUAUGCUUCCACAAAUGUUUUUUUCCAUUUUUAAAGUACUUUUAGCCAGACUGCUGUUUCUCCAAGGGAAAUGCUGUCAUAAACUAUGAAUUAUCACGCUUUUAAUAAAUCUGCGAAUUUUGGAACACUGUGCUUCUUUUGUAUUCGUUCUUAAAAAGAGAGGACAGCUGCAGUAGAUUAAUGAUGGGGAAGUUAUUACAGAAUGCUGCAACAGAUUGUGAAUCUAAUUCUUCAUCAGUAGUUUUCACUCUACUGCGGCUGCAUAUUUUGUUACCUAUUUUGUUCUUGUUAUUUGUUACAAUGUGUGCAGUGGAUGGGAAGAAUUACGCAAGUAGAACCUAUUGGGUACACUUUUAUUGUAAAUAAAACUGAUAUGUAAAUGCAGUUUGCUCCAAGUUAUAGUCAUUAAAAUGCUAUGUCCAAUUUUAAGAUUUAGUUCACAACUUUCUUGGACAUGACUUGAGGAUCUUAUAUGUGUCUUUAAAAGCUCGAAGGUAGCAGCUCACUGGUUGCCCCUUCUUCUCAAUCAUGUGAGAUGUAGCUGUACAUCUUAAUUCCUGUAGCAUUUUCCUACAUUUAUCAACACUGAAUCAAAUCUAAUGCACAUUCCUCCACUCCUGUUGGCCAGAUCAAAUCCAGCAGGUAUCUCAAAGAGUUGAGUAUAUUAAAGUGAAGAGCGAUGAAAGGCUGGUCUCACCACUGUCAUUUCCGUGCCUCUGGAAUGCUGAAGGUGAUGGCUGUACACACUGUCGUCCUAUUGAAUUUUUAUCAGUUUCAGAAUGUAUGGAGGGUAGAGUGGGUAGGAAGUUCAGCACAGUCACUAUUGGUGUUACAAUACAUUAAUAAGGCAUGAAUGUUUAGGCGUUACUGCUAAAAAGCUGCUUCUUAAUUUUGGAUGUAUAUUGUCUCAGGUUUUGUUUUUGGCUGUAUUGUUUUGAAGAUUGUUCUUACUUCCAGAUAUUUUGGACUGUGCUUUGUCCAUGAAGAAUUCACCCACUGUUUACCAUGUUAUUAUAUACAAUUGGUCUUUAAGGAUUUUGUUGUAAUGAAUUUUAUGUCAAUAUUUAUUCAUUUUUUUCCCCAUCUGAUGUUACUGAUACCCCAGUUUCCAAGAAGCUGUGGACAUAGCGAAUGGGAGUGAUUUCAUCAAUAUUUAUUAAUUUCCCGGUCAUGUGAUUUUAAGCUGACAAGUCUCGGUGUCUGUGCAAACCCUAGGAAGAGUCUGUUCCCCAGAUAUGUUAAUUAAGACAGUAGAUUUCAAAUAGGAACAACUAUGACUAACAUUAUCGAGCCUUGGCAGACGGCGUCAUUGGCAGCCCUGAGAUAUGAGAAUUGUUCAAUUUCAUCGCCAUCUUCACAAAGCUAUUUUGACCUGAGUUACUAAUGCAAUUUCUUCCAGUUGUAAAUAAAGCUUUUCCAAAGUAGUGGAAGUCCUUUUACGUGUCACUUGCAUGUGCAAGUGACACGUAAAAGGCACAGGUACUGCUAUCACCUCAGUGUUGGUGCAGUAUAUUUUUUCUCUCUGAGAUCUUUGAGAGGAAAAUAAUUGACCAUUCUGACAGUGCAAAUUGAUCUGUAUGAAAUGCUGCCAAUGCUGCUGUCUUGCCAAGCUUUAAUAUAUUGAUUAUGCCUGCAAUCUUUUCUGGUGGGUAUGGACUGUAUAAUUUAAAGGUUACUUGUACAGUUGAAAAUUAUGACUUUUCCCGGUGGUAGUUAUAAUAUAUUUUUCUUUUCUAUGCUUUUCUUCACAGUUUCAUCCGUGUAGCUUUUUCAUUUUGGAUCUGAUCAUGUUUCACCUGAUUUCCAGUAUUCUGGCUAGUCCCUAAUUCUUCCUCACCAGACUGAACUUUGCAUUAAAACAACAGUCUAGGUCACUGUUAUGUGCAGUAUUAUGAUGGAGACAGCUGUUUUAACCCAGCAGUAUCACCAAAUCACUGACCAUAUUGUCCAAAUUUAUAGAAUGAACAUUGUUGAGUAGUCUUCGUUUCCUCCAGAGGCUUCUAAUUUCAUAAGUCUCUUUCACUAGCUUCAUCGCAGAUCAAACUGUAUUCUUUCUGUAGACACCUUGGGGCACAUUGAGUUGUCACAGAUUUGAUGCUAGAAAGCAUUACUUUUUCAGAGGAGAUCGCUGUUGACUUAUUAAGUUUGAUAAUUAUUAUCUACAAACAUAAAAUCCUUCAUAAGUUACUGCUGUCAACUAGUAAACUAAUAACACUAUUAUUUUUUACUAAGACCUUUUAAUCAAUAUUUCAGUUCUUGCUGUAUUCAUUCUUCUACCUCAUUGCCCACAUUUGUUUCAUAUGUUCUUAUCCCUGUUUAUAGAGCUGUUGUAUGUUAUGAGGCUGUCUUCAUUUUCUUUGUUGUUCAUCCCUGAAGACCACUCUUUGAAUUUUGUUCCUAAAUAAAUUACGUAUGUCCAGUAUGUUGACGUUUGCUCAUUUGAGGUCAUUUAGUGUCUAUGUGAACCAUGCUGGUUGUCCUUGCAGCUUCAUUAUUUUACUAAAGAUUUGCUUUAUCAGUCCAUCAUUGCCCAUUCUAGCCAAAUGUCCAAAGAACAAUAUCCGUGAUUUGCGCAUUAUGUGUAUUAUUCUCUCUACGUGUUCAUAUAUUUUUUGUUCAGUUGUGCCCUUUUGUAUUCUAUUUUUGUUGUCCUUGGGCCAAGUAUGCUUCUGACCAGUCUUCUUUCUAUCUUCAUAAUUUUGUUUAUGCGACCUUCCCACACUAGUUUUAGUGUUUUACCACAACAUGGAGCAUCAGGUUCACUACUGUAAUGUAAUGUUUAAUUUUGGAGUCCCAUAAUGAAGCUUUCUUCUUUUAUAUGUUUCUUGUGUUCUGAAAUGUAGUGUUCAUCGUAUUUGCUCUUAUCUCUAGACUGUCCUAAUCAUUGUUCAUGCUUAGCUACUCACCUAAACAUUUGUAUGAGCUGAUUUUGUUGGUUUUGUUUUGAUUUAUGAGUAAUUUCUGUGGAAAAUUUUUAACUUUUGUGUUUGUGUUGCCUUUCUGUCUUUGGGAGAGAAAUUUGUAAACCGCUUUUUCUACUUGCAUAAUUAGAUUUUCUGCCUCGAUUUUGCCAUUUUUUGGUCUGUCUCUUCUCAAGGCAAUAUCAUCUGUGAAUGCCAGACAGUGUAAAAAGACUUUGCUUUCCCAAUUUGGAUUUUCUCCACACUCCAAUAUCUUCGUAAGGGUGCACAAAGUUUUUGGAGUAUUCUCCACUGAACUGAUGAAGUAUUUGUUAAUGUGUCUCAGAUAAUUUUUGUCGUUCUUAGAUCCAAACCAAAUUCUUUCAUAAUAUUGACGAGUGAUUUUCUGUCAGUGAAACUAUAUGCUUUCUUAAAAUCUACCAAAUGUAACUGUUGUAUCUUUGUUUCUCAGUUGUCUCAUUUGCAGAAUAAUUUUUAGAUUCUGGAUUUGUUUGCUAUAUGACAUAUUUUUUCCUGAAAAAAACAUUAUUAUUGACAACAAAAUGUAUUGUACUACUUGACAGCCACGAAUUACAAUGCACUUUAUGCUGUUUGAUAUUGUAGGCUUAAUAUUCCCUUGUAAGCUGUUGUAAAUCCCUUUGUGAUACCUGAUGAUGAACGGAGGGUUGAAACCAGUCAUAAUACAGAAUUUUUUUAUCAACAGCUCUUGACGACAGAAUUAAAAACUUUUUUUUUCCCCUUACAUUUGUAUCUUCGGAGUAUGCGGCAACUGCUGCAGUAUCUUCUGGUGGCAUAUAGUGUGGUAGAAUGGGAUGAAAUGGAGAAUACCUGGUAAUACGUAUUGUUUUGUGCAGCUUGACUGAUUUUUUUGCAGAAAUUUUUAUUGAUUGUGAUUGUGAAGACAGUAUGUUCUGAUAUUCACUACAGGCUUAAGAGUAGUCAUGUCAUUCAGUUCUGUUCUGUUCUCAACUGCUGCAACUACUGGCCACUAGCUUGAAUCACACAAUUGUACCUCUGAUAUAUAACUAAAGGUUGGACCUUGGUUUCUUGAUUUAAAAUAACAAUAACACUAUAUUCAUUCAGAACUCCAGAAAAAUAUAUACACUUUCUUCUAGUUAGCCUCUUGGUCUGAAAUUCAUAGAUCUUGGUUGCAUUUGGCAGCCUUGUCUGUUAAGAAUUUCUCUUGGAGUUUUUCUCCCCUGUACAUUUCCCACAAGAUCAUUUUCAAGAGGUCUAUUACUCAUUUAUUGUGAUGCACAGUGCAUAUACAGUGUUUAUGAAUAGCUGCAGAAUUGUUUUGUGUUGUGAACAGGGUGAAAAUUCAGAGAAGUCUUUACCCUUACUAUUUGUACUUUCUGUUUCCACUAUUCUUUCGCUACAGAGGAAAAAUCUUCUAUUCUGCAAGUCAUGAAGAGUAAUUACAAAAUCGUAAGUCUAUUAUGUAACAAUAUAAUGGAAAGGGUAGUUGCUAUUCUCAAUAAAGCGGAAAUGCCGUGCAGAAAGGCACAACAAAAAGACUGUCGGAAUGUUAACUUUCGGCCAACGAGGCCUUUGCCAGAAAUAGACAACAGACACACAUUUGUGCAAAUGCAACUCACACACAUGUGACCACAGCCUCUGGCAUCUGGCUCCAGCCGUCUAUUUUUGACAAAGGGCUCGUGGCCGAAAGCUAACUUUCUGACAGUCUUUUUGUUGUGCCUUUCUGUGACUCAGCAUCUCUGCUUUAUGGUGAGUAGCAACUAUCCUUUUCAUUAUACUGUUACAUUCCUUCUUAGAUUUUCCGUUGUUUAAGUCUAUUAUGUAGUGCAGAAUACAAUUUUGACUGAUAAUUUGUACCAGUAUUUGCAUAACAGAAGUUAAUCAUUUAACAAAUAACCACAUUAAAAGUUGCUUUAAUUUUUAUCUUUGGUUUUUUACUCAUAUUUUUAGAUUUUAAAAGGUAUUUGACAUGAAACAUUUGAGGACCAAAACACUGUUUCUCUAGUGUGUAAUACAUUUUACUUGUUGUGUUGUUUUGCAAUGAAGUCCUGAAACUAUACAUGGAAGAACUUUGUAAAUGAGCAGUUCGUUUGCUUGCAGAAGCCACAGAGGACCUUAUGUGUAGACAUCAAUUUUAGGAAAUAUAAACAUUAAAUCUUCAAAAUAAUUUACUUUGCUCUGAACUGUUAUCAAUUCAGAGGAAAAAUAAAUUUUAUUGCUUACAAAUCAAUAUUUUCAAAACACACAUUUUUAGCAUAUUUUUUAAGACAGGCAUUUUGUAACUAUCAGUCUUAUCAUUUAAGUUUUACAAAUUAAUUUGGUUAUUAGAUAUGACUGCUGCAUAUUGUAACUAUCAAAUAUUACUGUAAACUUAUCUUAGAAUUGUGAUAAAAAAAUGUUUUAUCAAUGAUCUUUUUUUCUGCAAUGUAAAAGAUAUAUUUUGAAAUGCUCUAUAAAAUGUGAAACUAGCUGUGAUAUGGUAUUUUAAACUAGAUUCUAAAAUAAAAUGUAGUUUUGUCAAGAAAGGACAAUGUGUAAGAAAAAACCUUUGUACAUGAUAUGUAAGACUGCUUUGGAAUUUUACAAGUCACUCUUACAUGUUUUUCAGUAAAUUUUGAGUUUGUUUUUAUAUGUAUUUCUGAUAGACAGGGACAGGUAUUUUAAAAUAUGGAAUGGAAUUUAUUACACUGAUACCACAAAAUAUGCAAGAUAUAUCAGUUGUAUUGUUGUCCUAACUGUUCCAAGGUUUUGGCAGUCAUGUACACAGAAAUGUGUGAAGUAUUUGAGACAAUGGACAAAAUGCCCUUUUCACCAUCAUGCAAUGUGCCUAGUUUAAGUUCAAAGGGAAAAUUUGAAAUACCCUAAAUGCGCAAAAUAAUGUCUGUGCAGACUGUCAAAAUUAUUUUCCUAAAUAUGUUAUUACCAUAAUGAUUGUAUAAAAUUACAAAUGGAUAAUUGUUCCAAAGACUUUUGUAGGUUGUAUGUUGAUUGUAUUUUGGAAUAAUUAUGCAAUUGAUGCAUGUA